AAAUUUGACCUAGUUUUCAGAAGUUGAUAUUUAUGACGUCAUUUCGGGAAAUCCCUCGUGAUAGUGGGUUUCCGUAUUUACACACAAAAAGUAAUGACUUGGUUUCCAGAGAAACGAACACAGGACACAUGGCUCCAUCGUAUGUGUGGUCGCAUUUUGAAGUCGGGCCCAAUUCCAAAGCACAUUGCCAUUAUUAUGGAUGGGAACCGUCGAUUUGCAAAGAAAAACAGUAUGGAAAGAGCUGAGGGUCAUUUAAAAGGAUUUGACAAACUGGCAGAGACACUGGAGUGGUGCCUCAAUCUGGGUAUCAUCGAGGUGACAGUGUACGCCUUCAGUAUAGAGAACUUCAAGCGUUCCAAGGAUGAAGUGGACUGCCUUAUGGAACUUGCACGCCAGAAAUUCGCACGAUUGCUGGAAGAAAAAGAGAUGAUAGAGAAACAUGAAGUGUGUGUACGAGUUCUGGGAAACAUUGCUCUUCUUCCUGAGGACGUGCAGAGAACCAUAGCAGAGGUUGUCAGCCUCUCCAAACAUAAUACAAGGGCCAUACUGAAUGUGUGCUUCUCUUAUACAUCUAGAGAUGAAAUCUGUACUGCUAUGAAAGAAGUUGUGAUGGGAGUAGAGGAAGGCGUCUUACAAGAAAGUGAUAUAUCAGAUCAGCUGCUGGAGCGGUGUUUGUACACGAACCAUUCUUCAAACCCAGAUCUCCUGAUACGAACAUCGGGUGAAGUCAGACUAAGUGACUUCCUACUUUGGCAGAGCACUUUCAGCGUGUUGUCAUUCCUGGAGGUGUUGUGGCCAGAUUUCAGCAUUUGGCAUUUGUAUGCAGCCAUUAUACACUAUCAACGAAAUUAUGAUGCAGUCAUGAAGGCAAAAGCAAACAACCUACAAAACAGAGAAAGACUGCUGCAAGAAUCUGACAAGAAAUGUGUUCUACAAGAGAUGAAAAAGUGUUCAGACUGUGAAAAUGACAAAGUUCACCAUGAGGACCUUGACCUUUGUAGCCUAAGAGACAAGGUCAUAGAGUACGCAAAAAAGAGAAAACAUAGGGAGGAUCUUUUUGUGAAUAAACUGAACGAGAAACGAGACCUAUUUCUUGCAUCAAAACUAGCACCUGUUAAAUAGACUUUUGGUUUGGGGGGGGGGGGAUUUAGUGAAAUUAAAAUUCUAAUAUUUAUUAAAGAUUGGUUAAUAAGUUGUAUUUGUUUUUGCUUUACUGGAAAAUAUUAUUUGGAAUGGUGUAUAUUUGUUAAACCAAUAUAAUUACUGUCAGAGAUAGUAUUAUAAAUUAUGCAUUUUAUAUGGAAUAUUCACUGUUAUUGUAUAUUUACACUGGUAAUCUUUGCAUGCAAAGAUAAAACCUAUGCAUGUAUUAUUUUUAAUUGAUAAAAGCCAACAGAUGGCUUUAAUGCCCCCAGUAGGGUGGCAUAUAGCAGUCGCACCGUCCGUCUGUCUGUCCGUCACACUUGUGCGUUUAGGUUGAAAAAAGCUCAAAACUUCUAUGUCCCUUCAGAUGUAACCUUCAUAUUUGGUAUGCAUGUGUAUAUGGACAAGGCCUUUCCAUACGCACACAGAUUUUGACCUUGACCUUGAAAUAAUGGUCCGCAUUUAGGUUUCGAAAUCUGCGUUUAAGUUUCGAAAAACCAUUUUUCAGGGGCUGUCUUCUGAUGGAGACAGCUCUUGUUUGAAACUCAAAAUCCUUGAUGGUGUUUUGGGAAAGUUUAAGUCUGUUGUGCUUUUUAUUUAAUGCUAACACAUAACAAAAUUGAAGUACAUUUCUUAAAAUGGUAAUUGUAAUUCCCUCAUUCCUGUAUUCUCUGAUCAGAAUAACUGAUGUGGGUAAAUUUCACCACAGUAGAGCUUUACCCCAUUAUUUGUGUUCAAGAACUGUGUGAUUGGCAAUUGUAAACUACUCCUGUUGUUUACAAUGACAGACCUUAUAAAUUUUGACGGUUUAUAGUGGCGUGUAAUCUUUAAAAAUAUAUAAUAAUUGACUGGCAUUUAUAUCAAGAUGGCAUUACUGUUAAAAAUUAUAAAGGACUUCUCAGAAAAUAAAAGUAAAAACCAUUA